GUUGCUUGUGCAUUAUAUGUCGUACUUUACUAGCCGGGCCGACUAUUAAAAACAAUACAGAAAUUGUGAAUGCAAUUAUCAGAAACCGCGCUGCUUAAUAGUUAUAAUUGGCUCAACCAAAUGUCAAAUAUUUUAGGUAAUGAAAUAUUGCAAAUCUGUCUCGGUGAUACAUAUUACAGCUUUAUUCCAGUGAAAUAUGUUGCCAGCUAUAAUCGUGUCGAAAUGAUGUAUUGUUUGUGGAUACUAUUUAUCACUUCAUUUGUAAAGGGAGAUGAUCUGCAACCACAGAGCACAUUUAGACAGGCAAUAUGUUCACAAGAUAAAUAUACAUUCAACAUAACCUGCGAGGAAUUUGAAACAACACACGUUUCAGAUGCAGAAUUUAAAUCUAGCAAAUGGCCGCCUGGGCCAUACGCCAUCCCAAUGUCUAUAUACGGUUGUCCGGAAAGUCAUAUGCAUGGCUGGAGUGAAGGAUAUAUGUCUCUAACAUGGCGACAGCGAAGUAGGGUGUUUGUCCAGCAAAUGCUUCGACGAAAGAAGAACAUUGAAUACUUGCAUAAACUAUCGAGCUCUAACUGGCCCUAUACGGAGACGUCAAUUUACGGACCAAGCAGCGAUUCAUACCUAAAGCUUACAUUUUGUUACAAGCACAAUCACAACUCAUCAUCACAUACGCUCGAAUGGCCCAAGAGAAAUUACAGCAUAUAUGCCACAGACAAUUCAUGCCCUUCUGGAUUUGACUUCGUUCAGACAAACGUAACUCUGCCACCUGUUGAAGCGUUUACGACAGAUGGAAACGUACCUAGCUUCACGUUACAUAACCUGUCAGAUUUUGCUAUUCUACAAUUACCCCUAUGCUCUAUGACUGAAGAUUCAGAAAAUAAUACUAGUAAUACUGCUAGUAUGCCUAAGGACACAUCAUUUAUACUCUUAAAGGCCAUAGACAGUGCCUGUCCAUUAAUUGGAGACAAUGUCCUAGAGGAAAGUUUAUUGGUGGAGAGAGAAAUUGAUGACCGGAGCAAUGCUGACAAUUCCUCGGACCUAGAAUAUAUUCAACAGUAUUGUGUUUACAGCGAUAUCUUUGGGGACUACAGUCGAGGCAGCAUAAGCAAUUGUAAGGCUAAGUUAUUCCGUAAUACCUUUGUUGUACGAUGUGAUACAAUAUAUAUUAGAACGUGAAAGUAGCCAAGGAUCCAAUUACAGACUUACUAAAUCGUUUCAGAAUAAGUGAACACCGCAAUCGUUUUUACUAAACCAUAUUUAAACAAUAUUCGGCAGUACAACUACUCCAAAGCAGCUUAAAUGAAAAUACGAGCAAAUAAAAUUAUCAGAAUCUGUAGGUUUGCCAAAUCCGAUGAGCAUAUUGUUGUAAUUGAAAGA